AUGUCAUCUUCGAUAUACGCCGGCUCGAGAACGCAGUUUUCACCGUCAAAGAGACCAAGUGCCGUCACCACAAACUCGAGCUCGGCCUUGCACAUUACACAGGACGCGCUUGCCUCCUGUCGAGAGUCAAAAUUCUUCAACUACCACCAGGGCGCGUCGAUAACCUCGUUGGAUUUCGACGACACGGGCCAGUACUUGAUCUCCUCGGGCAUCGACAAGUCGAUCCAGCUUUACGACUGCUACAAGGGCAUACACUACAAAGACAUCCAAUCGCAGAAAUACGGUGUUCACUCGGCUCAGUUCACUCACGAAGGGCUCAAUUGCCUAUACGCAUCGACGCCGGACCCGACUGCUUCUGACGGCAACGAGAACGUUAUCCGAUACUUGUCCUUGUCCACGAACCAAUACAUCCGAUAUUUCAAGGGACACAAAGCCCAAGUGAGUAACCUUGAAGUGAACCCCGUCAACAACACUUUCAUGAGCUCAAGUUAUGACGGGACCGUCAAGUUUUGGGACCUAAACACGUCGUCAGCCACGGGGAGCAUCGGCACGGGACUGAAUACAAUCGCAGGGUACGAUCCCCAUGGCAUCGUGGUGGCGAUUGGCAAGGGCCCGCAGAAGGACGCAAAAUUGGGAACCGUUGCCCUUUACGACCUCAAAACUUUCGACAGAGGCCCAUUCUUAAGUGCGGAAAUACCGUGCAUGCCGCGACAGCUAUGGAACAAGUUGGAGUUUUCAAACAACGGGCGCUUGAUCUUGGUGUCAACCGAUACUUGCGAGCAUUACAUCUUGGACGCGUUUCUGUUGAAACUAAUGGCAAUCAUCAGACUCACCUACCGGCGAGACGAUCGCUGGAUGUCCACAAAAUACCCCUACUCGGGCUGCUGCUGCUUCACCCCUUGCGGCAAGUUUGUGUUGGUGGGGAGCCCGAAACACAUUGUGCACAUUUUUGACGUGAGUGAGUUGAAGCAAGAUGCAGAAAAGCCCACUAUCUUCUCUCGCUCGGCUGACGUGCUCAAGUCAGCGCAUGGCAUCCCCAAAAUUGUCCUAUUCAACCCCAGGUUGUUCACAUUUGCAACCGCUGACGUGGGUGUAUCACUUUGGCAACCCAACUCAGGAGAGAAAACACUUCCCUAA